AUGAGGGCUGCUGGACCUGCUCGUCUAGCUGAGCAAAUAGAAGAAAUCGCUGCUGAUACACGGCUCCAAGCUGAUAUGGAGAUCCUUCCUAGUAACUACACUUUCGAAAUCCCGAAAACUAUAUGGAAAAUACGUUCAACCGGGAGUAAGCAAGUGGCACUGCAGUUUCCUGAAGGACUUAUAAUGUAUUCUUGUCUGAUUGCUGACAUUCUUGAGAAAUACACUGAUUGUACGACGGUUAUCAUGGGCGAUGUCACCUAUGGAGCUUGUUGCGUGGAUGACUACACUGCUAAGUCUUUGGGCUGCGAUCUCUUGGUUCAUUACGGCCAUAGUUGUCUGGUGCCUAUCCAGAACACAGAAGGAAUUGCUCUGCUCUAUAUUUUUGUUACUAUAAAUAUCAACAUAAGUCAUUUUGUUGACUGUAUCCUCGAUAAUUUCAAACCUCCUUGCAAAAUUGGACUCGUGAGCACCAUUCAGUUCGUUUCAUCGCUACAGGCCGUACGCGUUUCUUUGGAAAAUAGCGGUCUGGAAAUUAUUCUACCUCAGUGCAAGCCGCUAAGCCCUGGAGAAAUUCUCGGAUGCACUUCUCCGCGUCUCGGCGAUAGCUGUGAUGUUGUCAUAUAUCUUGGUGACGGAAGGUUUCAUUUGGAAUCGUUGAUGAUACACAAUCCUUCCUUAAAAACUUACCAGUAUGAUCCUUACUCGAGGAAGUUCACUCUCGAGCACUACAAUUUCAACGUUUUAAUGAGGAAUCGCAAAGGAGCAGUGAAUAUAGCCAGUAAAUGCAAUGUUUUUGGUCUCAUUCAAGGAACCCUUGGUCGUCAAGGCAAUAUUAAGAUUGUACAAGAACUGGAAAGAAGACUAGAAGCGAAGAACAAAAAGUUCGUUCGAGUUCUCCUUUCGGAAAUUUUCCCUGAUAAGUUGGCGAAGUUCGAGGAAGUCGAAUGUUGGGUCCAAGUAGCAUGUCCUCGAUUGUCCAUUGAUUGGGGAGCGGAAUUUCCGAAACCUCUUUUAUCGCCAUUCGAGUUGGUUGCGGCUCUUGAUGAGAUCUCUUUCCCUUCGUCUCAUUAUCCGAUGGACUACUACUCGAACGAAUCUCUUGGUCCUUGGACCAAUAACCACGAAUCCUAUCGGCCGGUGAGAAGUAAACGACGUCAAAAAGUUGUCGUAGAAGGGGUUUAA